AUGAAAGCGGCAUUCCCUCAUGCCGUCGACAUAAACGACCCGAACCGACCAAAGCUUCCUAUCCGACAGAGGCUUCAGCACUUCACAUGGGCGUGGUACACUCUGCCCAUGAGCACGGGGGGUCUCUCCCUGCUCAUCUACGCACAGCCAUACCAGUUCGCGGGCGAAAGGGUGAUUGGCUUAGUCGUAUACAUUAUCAACCUCAUCAUCUUUUCCUUGGUGACAAUGGCCAUGAUGGCUCGCUUCUUCCUACACGCCGGAGAGUUUGUCCGGUCCAUCACUCAUCCCCGUGAAGGCUUCUUCGUCCCCACAUUCUUCCUGUCUCUGGCCACCAUCAUCACGAGCACGCAGCGUUAUGCCAUACCGGACGACCAUCCGAUACUGGAACCUGCCGUCAAGAUUGCAUUCUGGGUGUACGUCGCCCUGACGGCGGUUCUAGCCCUGGGCCAGUACAGCUACGUCUUUGCGGCCCAUAACCUCAGCCUCAAGACCUUCAUGCCAACCUUGAUUCUGCCCAUCUUCCCCAUCAUGCUUUCAGGAACCAUUGCAUCCGUCAUCGCGGGCACGCAGCCCGAGUUCGAUGCGAUGCCCAUCCUAGUCGCCGGCCUCACCUGCCAGGGCCUCGGCAUGUCUGUGGCCAUCCUCAUGUACGCCCACAUGAUUGGGCGCCUGCUCCAGUUCGGCCUGCCCAACCGGGAGCAUCGACCCGGUCUCUUCAUGUGCGUCGGUCCGCCGGCAUUUACCGCCUUGGCCCUGGUCGGCAUGGCCAACGGCGUGCCUGAGGGCAUCAGCGAGCUGGGCAUCGACAAGAGCGUCAUCCAGGUCGUGGCUAUCCUCGUCGCCGUGUUCCUGUGGGCGCUGAGCUUCUGGUGGUUUGGCAUUGCCGUCAUUGCUGUUGUCUCGUCGCCGCCAAAGUAUUUCCAUCUGGGCUGGUGGGCCAUGGUGUUUCCCAACACGGGCUUUACGCUGGCGACGAUUUCCAUUGCCAAGGAGUUGCUUAGUCCUAGUCUGCAGUGGGUUACUAUUGGUAUGAGCUGCUGCAUCUUUACCAUCUUCAUCUUUGUCUUUGUGAACCAUGUUCGUGCUGUGAUCAUCCAGGACAUCAUGUAUCCGGGACGAGAUGAGAAUGUGGAGGAUCACUGA